UGUAAAAGCUUUUAUUUUGAAGGUGGUCAACGGCGCUCGCUGUUGGCAGAUUUCCGUGAUGCAGAGCGUUAACAAUCGCUGGCUUGACCGCAGUGCUCGACUGGGGCGAGAGGAGCGAUCGACGCUCUUUACGAAAUUCUCCUGAAUUUGUAGUCAACGUGCUAAAACCUCCACUCGGGGCGCCCAGCAUCAUCUCGCUGGAUCAAAACAUCUUUCGUUGAAGCUUCGUGUGCGAUGAAAGUCGUCUCGGUGUACGUUGAUAUUUCUCGGCCUAGUUUAGCUUCGGUUAGCUUUCUAGCCGCUAACAAAGAGGCCCUCGUGCUCAACACAUCGCUCCGCAGAGAUCGGAAGCGUAAAGUGUUGUAAUUUUCGUGUAAACAAUGUGCGCAAGAAGGACAGUGGAGUACGAGGAGGAAUUUUGUGAAGAAAAAGAGGACUACAAGGGACAACGUCAACUGCUGGACGCCAUUGGCAGGAUGCAGCCGGAAAUUGUUCUUCAAGGAUCAGACAUCAGCAAAGAUGCUUGUCCUGAGCGACUUGUUGCAGAGCCCUCUCACUUUAAAAAGGAAGAGGACAUAGAAGUCUCCCACUUUAAGGAAGAAGAGGAGGAGCAGGUCCUACACAUUCAAAAAGAGGAGAAGCCAGAGCACCCUUGCACGAAAGAUAGUGACAUGUCAUCGAACGUUGUGAAUGAUGUUGCUGAUGAGGAGGACGAGGAUGGUGAUCUGACAUGUCACACUGACAACAUAGCGUGGAAAUGUUCUCAGUGUGAGAUGACGUUUACUUGUAGGAUGGCUCUGAAAAGACAUGCGAAAACCCAUGCUGUGGAGAAAUCUUUUUCCUGCUUAGUUUGUGGCCAUAGAUUCUCUCGGAACUAUCACUUAAAAUUACACUCCAGAAAUCACACUGGUGAGAAACCUUUCUCCUGUUCAGAUUGUGGCCAAAGUUUCCCAGACAAGGGACAGUUAAAAAGUCACAUGAGAAUACACACUGGUGAGAAACCUUUUGCCUGCUUAACUUGUGGCCAAAGAUUCUCUCGUAAUAGUAACUUAAAUGCGCACAAAAGAACCCAUACUGGUGAGAAACCUUUUGUCUGUUCAGAUUGUGGCCAAAGAUUCUCUUGGAAGGGAUGCUUAAAAAGGCAUGUAAUAACCCACAUUGGUGAGAAACCUUUUGCCUGUUCAGAUUGUGGCCAAAGUUUUUCAGCGAAGGGACGCUUAAAAAGUCACAUGAGAAUACAUACAGGUGAGAAACCUUUUGCCUGUACAGAUUGUGGUCAAAGAUUCUCUCAGGAGGCAAACUUAAGAACACACACGAGAAUACACACAGGUGAGAAACCUUUUGCCUGUUCAGAUUGUGGCCAAAGUUUCUCUCAGAACGCACACUUAAAAUUGCAUGAAAGAACCCACACCGGUGAGAAACCUUUUUCCUGCUCACAAUGUGGCCAUAGAUUCUCGUGGAAAUAUCAAAUUAAGAAUCACAAGUGUCAUAAUGAGAUGAACAGUUAUCGAUGAAAUUUUCACCUCUUUUCUGAGCAGGCUUCACCACCCUGAUUGUAUUUUAUGUACCUUCUCCUUGGGAUGCUGACAUUUUCUUUUUUUCAAGAUUGAGCCGCAAGAGUGGCUGCCUGUACAGCAGCGCCUAUCCCCGCUUGAGUUUCUUUUCGUCAUUUAAUUUUAUUCAUUUACUCUUCCGAUUUAGUUUUGUCUUUUUGUACCCUAAAUCUAGGAGGGGGGUGACAUGGGCAUCUUCAUUUCUGCUCAUCUCCAUUAUUUUCUUUUACAGGAAAACGCUUCUACAACGAAAUCUACAUGGGCGAAAAUAUCCCCUAGUGUGAAAAAAUCUUGCAAAAUCAUUUAAACUAUUCCCACUUUUUUGCUCCCCCUACAACGAAAAAUCCCCCUGUUGCGUUAUACCAAAUUUUUUCCU